UGUUUGGUUUGUCUUUUUAGGUGUUUGGUGUCUCCUUGUGGUUGUUUGGUGUAUCUUUGUAGUUAUGUAGCACACAGUCACUGUAACCAAACCCACAUCAGUCUCUGCUCAGCCUUUUGCAGCGACCUGCUGAACAUCUAGCAUUUAGCUUGAAGCAGAAUAUCAGAAUAUUUCUGAGGGUCAAAGGUGACAUCAAGAUUGAAGGACUCCUGACUAUGUUUAUUGUCUCAGUGAGGACUUUUCUUUAGGGGGUUUUAGGCGCUUCAUGUCUACAUGUUAGAGGUUUGUGAUGGAGGUUGAUCUCUGUUGUUCCCCAGCCAGCUGUUCAGGAUGUGGACCAGGAUACCGCAGUCCGCUGGACGCCAUGAAGGGUCCUCGGGAGGAGAUUGUCUACUUGCCCUGCAUCUACCGCGGCACCGAUGUCCUGAAACCCGACUAUCUGGCCACUGUUGACGUCGACCCAAAGUCACCAACCUACAGCCAGGUGAUCCACCGGCUGCCGAUGCCCAACCUUCGUGACGAGCUGCAUCACUCUGGCUGGAACGCCUGCAGCAGCUGCUUCGGAGAUGCCUCCAAGUCACGAAAUCGUCUGAUUCUGCCAUCACUGAUCUCCUCCAGAGUCUACGUGGUCGACGUAGGGACGAAUCCAAGAGCGCCCAAAAUCCACAAGAUGGUGGAGCCGGUCGAUCUGUUCUGGAAGUGCGGUCUGGCAAAUCCUCACACCAGCCACUGUCUGGGCAGCGGUCAGAUCAUGAUCAGCUGUAUGGGAGACCCAGAUGGGAACGGCAAAGGUGGGUUUGUUCUGCUGGAUGGCGAGACGUUCGAAGUUAUUGGUAACUGGGAGCACCCGGGGGAGGCGGCGCCAUUCGGUUAUGACUUUUGGUACCAGCCAAGACACAACGUGAUGAUCAGCACUGAGUGGGGGGCGCCCAAAGCUCUGGUCAACGGAUUUAACCUUGCUCACGUUAAAGAAGGCCUCUACGGCAGUUCCCUCCAUGUUUGGGACUGGACCACCCACAGGAAGCUGCAGACACUGGAGCUGGGUGAAGACGGCGCCAUUCCUCUGGAGGUCCGGUUCCUGCACGAGCCAAGUGCCACCGAGGGAUAUGUGGGAUGUGCUCUGAAGGGAACCGUCUUCCGGUUCUACAAAACACCAAAAGGUGACUGGGCUGCAGAGAAAGUCAUCAGUGUUCCCAGCAAGAAGGUGGAGGGAUGGAUGCUGCCAGAGAUGCCGAGUCUCAUCACAGACAUCCUGCUCUCAUUGGACGACCGUUUUCUCUACUUCAGUAACUGGCUGCAUGGUGACAUCAGACAGUAUGACAUCUCAGACCGGAGGAAACCUCGAUUAGUCGGCCAGGUGUUUCUGGGAGGAAGUCUUGUCAAUGACGGACCAGUCAGAGUCCUGGAGGAUCCAGAGAACCAGCCGCAGCCCCCGCCACGCAUCAUCCAGGGGAAGCGCAUCCCUGGAAGUCCUCAGAUGUUGCAGCUCAGUUUGGACGGUCGCAGACUUUAUGUGACAACAUCUCUGUUCAGCGGUUGGGACAAACAGUUUUACCCCGACAUGAUCAGAGAAGGUUCGGUGAUGAUGCAGAUUGAUGUGGACACUGUCAAUGGCGGCCUCUCCCUGAAUGAGGACUUUCUAGUGGAUUUCGGCAAAGAACCUGACGGUCCGGUUCUGGCCCACGAGCUCAGAUAUCCAGGCGGAGACUGUACCUCCGACAUCUGGCUGUGAAUAAGAAGCUUCAGCUGCUGCUUUUUACUUCAUCUCUCCAUUUUCAGCUUUUAUUUCAUCUUCAGGCUCCUUUACAAACACAAAUACAGCAAAUCUGCAAAAUAAAAAUCUGUUUGAAUCAUAAUAUUCAGAACAAAUCAUAAUGAGGUUACAAAAAACUGAACAAAAAGUAAAAACUGUUUCUGUCCAUUUCUGAUUUGAGCUUCAAACAGUAAAGCAACUUUACUUCCAAUUUCACGGCGCAAAAAUAUAUAUGAGAACAAACAACCGAAAUGCAUUUGAAUACACAGUGUGAGAAUAAAAAAUAUUGAAAAACUGUAAUUAUUUUACGAAGAAGAAAUUCUUUUAUGUCUUGUACCAGCUGAUUUUACAUUCCUUUUUUCAAACACUAACAGUAGAAACACAAAUUACAGGAUUUAGAUCUCUGAAUGAGAAUAAAGGGCAUUAACUACAAAUACAUUAAAUAACCUGGAUUUUUUUUUCCUUAUUGUUGCUCUUAAAUGAUUUUUGCUAAAAGUAAAUGUGGAAAAACUUUUUGAAUGUCCUAUAAUAAAAUCAAAGACUGUUGAAUAAUGUUUUAGUGAUCAAAAACAACAGCAGCACUUACAACCUGAUGUGUUAGAAACUCAGAUUUUACAUAUUUGUGGCUGAUGAGCUGCUGAUAAUCGCGGCCUCCACACAGCAGGGGGCGCUGCAGGCAGAAAUCUCUGCUGCUGUUCUCUGCAAGAAACAAACAUGAAACAGAGUUUUCAUUAAAUAAAAUAACAAAUCUUCAGGUGAAUAGACCAGUUGUGGUUUUCAUUAAUCAGAUUCUCAGAAUGAAUUCUCUUGAUCAGUUAAAACCAAUCACGCUGACUGAUUAGCCUAGAUUCAUGCGUUUUAAUGGUUCCAUCCUAGAAAUCACUGGAACUUACUACUGUCUUGAUAUACAUCAUCUUCACAAGUGCAUAUAAACAUUUGUUCAUGUCUGUUAAAUCUGUUGAGUCUUGAUUCACGACAUCAGUUUAUGUUUAGAUACACUUUUUUUGUUGAUUUUGUUUUCUCUCUUCAUAAAAUUGUAAUUUCAUAUUAAAAUGAAAAUUAAAUCUUC